AUGGGCGAUGAGAAGCAGCAGCUGCUGAACCUGAACGGACGCCUGGAGACCUACCUGAGUCGGGUCAAACACCUGGAGGAGGAGAACCUGAUGCUCGCAGAGGAGAUUGGAUUUCUGAGACACAGCAGCCACGGAGCUUCCACUCGCAGGAAGGGCUUAGAGGAAGAGCUGCGGCGGGCGAGACUGGAGCUGGACGCCGCCUGGAUGGACAGGGCCCACACGGAGAAGGAGGUGGGCAGGCUGGCUGAGGAGUUCGAGUUCCUGGAGCUGCAGAGGCAGAAGGAGGCUCAAGCUCACAUCAAGGCCAAGAAGAUGGUGGAGCAGAGCAGGAAGGAGCUGGACGAGGAGCAGAGGGCGAAGAUGUGGCUGAGAGAGCAGGUCAGUCAGCUGGAGCACGAGAUGAGUCACCUCAUCCAAACCCAUCAAGAGGAUGUGGCCCACAUGGAGGCCACAUUGAGCCAGUGCAGAGCCACGAGGCCCCCCAUGGCUCAGAGGGGCAACCAGACACCCAACCUCCUCCAGCUGGGGCAGGAGUUCUCCCAGAGGGCCACCAGGGCCUGGCAGGAGGCCGCUGAGAUCCAUCAGGACCAGCUGGCUCAGCUGGAGGAGUCCCUCGACCAGGCCAGGGGCCGUUUGACCCGAGUGGCCCAGGAGAAGAGCGAGAGCCAGCUGAGGCUCCGAGCUCUGGAGAAGGAGAUGGACUCACAUCGAGACGUCCGGCUGCAUCUGGAGACGAGUGCAGCUCAGCAGAGAGACGGACACGAGCAGGAGAUCCAGCAGCUGCAGGCGCACUUGGAGGACCUGGAGGCGGAGAGGGAGGAUCUGGGCCGACAGAUCGAGCGUCUGCUCCUGGAGAACCGAGGCCUGCUGCAGAUGAAGAUGUCUCUGGGUCUGGAGGUGUCAACAUACAGAGCUCUGCUGGACCGUGAGAUCCUCAAGGGAGACAAGUGUCUGUCCAACCCAUCGAGAGACGUUUCCAUCUCAGAUGCAGCGUUCUGUCCUCGAGGGAUGAAGAAGAAUUACCGAACACAUCAGCCUGCUUCCUUCUCAUCUGCCUAUGUUCGAACAGCUCCAACUGCAACACAACUGUGCAGCAGGAAACCCACAACCUUCAGUGGAACCCAAACGUUUUCAAGGAAACCAGCAGAUGUAGAAGCAGCAAAGUCAGAAACGUGGGAAACCGCUUAUCCAAAGAUACUGCAGGACGGAGCUGUGGAAAACUUCCGUCCUCAGGAGGUUCAGGAGAAAGUCACUUACGCUGAGCCGCUGUCGCCUCCUAAUGAGCAGGAGCCUUGUGUUCCACCGAGAGAAGAAGAGGGUGGAGAGGAGGUUGAGUCAGCUGUCAGUCGUCAGGUUGAGUCGAGCCUCCACAGGGAGCCGGCCUUCAGUGAUGAAGUUAGUCUCCAUCAGUUCACAGCUCCUGACUUUACACCACAUGGGGUCAGAGUGACAGAGAAGCUCAGUGACGUCUCAGCUGAACCUGAGGAAGGUCCUGCAGAAGAAGAAGAAGCUCCAGCUGAUCCACUGGGAUGGAAAGAGUAUAUCAGUGAAGAACUGGAGGAUGUGAAAGAGGAGAUCUCGGAUUCAGAAACUGAAGAAGAGGUGGAACCAACCUUUGAAUCCAGGAGGAGAAGUCCAGCGUCUGAAUGUGAGGCUGCAGAAAGUCUCUUCAACAAGUUAACAGACUUCAGCCGAUAUGAAAACAGCUCAGAUGACGAAGCCGCUGAGAUAAGAGAUGAAAUCAGUCGUUCUGUGGAGGCAGCGAAGGAGACGGAUGUGGAGGAUAAGUUGUUGUACCCUGACGGAGAAGAGAUGGACACGUGGGACAGUGUCAUCGAGAAGAAGAUCGAUAUGAAGACAGACGACAGCAUAAAACAGGAUGAAGCAAAAAGACAACAUGCUGAGCCAGAGGACAUAUCUGCAGGAGAUCCAGAGCAUGACAAGAGAGGAAUGAUCCAGGGAGUCACCACAGACACACAAAAAGACGACAACUUGGCUGCUCCAGGGACAGACACACAAGUAGAUGAUGAACACGGACCAGACCCUGCCGAAGAAGAAGAUGAUGAAGAGGAAGACUCUCAAAAUGUCUCGGUGUCAUGGAGGACGGAGCUAGAGAGCGACAGCUACGCUCAGGAGAACACCCUCGCUGACACUCGACCUCUGAUCCGAUACAAAAGCGACGAGACCGACGCUAACACUCACAUGGACGAGAGCGAGUCCAGUGAAGGGGACCAGGACAAGAGGCUCGGGGGGGAGACAGGAAGUGCAACGUGGAGCGAAGGCAAGUCCAGGAGAUACGGAACGAUGGAGGAUCUGUGCGAGGAAGUGGAAGAGGAAGUGUUGGAUGAGGAAUACGACCUGGGAUACUCUCAUCUCCAGCGUCAGACAUCGAGGAAAGAUACAGAACGUGAAGAAGAAACGAACAAGGACGUCAAUGAGGAAUAUUCAGAUGAAGAGAGCGAGGAAUUCACGAAACCCGCGCCACCCGUGAGUGUCGAGUACGACGAGGAGCUAGAGACCGACCGACUUGUGGAGCAGGAACUCGAGAGUCUGUCCACGGACAGCUUCAGUUCUCACUUCGCUCAGCAGAAGGUCGGCGACGAGAAGAUUCCUCCAGAGGCUGGAGAAACCAAAACACACAGCGAGUCUUUCUGUGAGGAAUCUGGAGCAACGACAAGCGGCCAACUCGCAUUCCCAAACACUUUUCUAGAUUACCCAGAUGAGAAGCCGUAUGGCCAACGCAAAGAUGAAGAGGGUACACCUGUUCCAGAGAAGAGAGAGGAGGAAGAACACAACGUCUCCAUGGUGACACAUCCCAAUGUAUCUGAGCAUUUCCAGACCUUCAGUGACUUCAUCAACGGGCUGGAUGUGGAACAGAGCAGGAACUCGAACAAGCAGGACGUGAAACCUGCAGAUCCUCAGGAACAUCUGGAUGAAGAUGCUGUCGACUGUCCUGAUGUUCCAGAAACAGGCGAAUGGGAAGUCCUGGAAAACCCGAGCGAGGACCAAGACGUCAGAGCUGAACGUCACCUCCAUGAUGACGGAGGCUCUGGCGAAGGGGAUGUGACCCGUGAAGAGGAGGAGGAGCACCUGGAGAUCCCCCCUGACAUCUUUGAGGCGAAGGACUCGACCGAACUAUUGAACACAAACAGAAAAGACAACAACCUCCCUGGUGCUUUCAGCUCCAGUGUGAAGACUGACUUCUGGACCUCCUCCCCAGAGGUCGGCGCCACCUAUCAACCAGAUGACGCCUGUAUCGAACCAACCAAUCAGAACCGAGGGUUUGGGGAGAACCCAGUUUGGGGGAUUUCGGACAACCGGAUAAACGGGAACUCGCCGGCAGCUGAGAAAGGGCCGGAGCAGAAGUCUGAGGUGAAGCAGGUGUUGAGUAGAAAGGUGGAAGCGGAGUUUGUUCAUUCUGAGGAGUCGGAGGUUGAGGGUGAAUCCUGGUCUUCUGGGGAGGAGCAGUAAUAAGGAAGUAGUGAGAAGAUCGAUUUAAACCAGU